UCGAGAAUCCUUCUGUUAUAGUUCGGUUACUGAGCAUCUGUUCUAAGAAAUUGUUGAGGAGUUGGAAAUCGAUCCAGCGUUACGAUGGAGUUGAGAUUCUUCAGAGUUUCCUCUUUUUCCAUGUUUAUAAUAUUCCUGUUUUCUGCGCCACAAAUAGUCGAAGGGUAUACCGAGUACCGUUGUACAGAAGAAAAUUACAAUCAAGAAUGUUAUUUGAGGAACGUCAACAUGCUGGAUAUUUCUACAAAUGUAAGGUUCAGUAGCUACUACACCAGUUAUAAAAGCAUCGUCCGAUUCAAGAACUCCCACAUGGUGGAAAUACCUAAAGCGGUUUUUGAGACUUUUAACCACAUGCUGAAUCUGGAUGUGUUUGAUUGCGCCAUUGAUAGCGUCAGCAGGUUUACGUUCGAGAAAGCAAGUCGACUGGUCGAGCUUAAUAUGUCAUCGAAUUUAAUAGAGCAACUUGGAAAUUAUGUCUUCACAGGAGCCUCACAAAUGAAGGUUCUGGAUUUGAGCAACAACCAAAUUUCGAAUAUUGAAGAAAAAGCAUUUGUCAAUCUCAAAGCUUUACAAACUCUCCUUCUGAGUGGAAAUAUGCUAAAGGCAUUUGAAAGUCUAAUAUUUAGUACUUUGACAAAUUUGGUGAAGCUGUCGGUUGCUAGAAACGAGUUGGAAGUUAUUCAAAAAGAUCUGUUUGAGAACAAUACUCUUCUGACCAUGAUUCUUCUCCAAACUAACAAAUUGAUUCUGAUUGAUAAAGAUGUGUUUCAAAAUAUUGAUGCACUCGAAUACUUGUGGCUAAGAGACAAUAACCUGACCAAUUUCGAAUUUUCGAACCUAAAAGCAAAACGAAUCAAUAUUGCUAAUAAUAAAAUUCAUCGCUUGGAACUGAACGAUAAAAUGGAAGCAUUGUUCGCUGCAAACAACAGUAUAUCUGAUUUAAUCGUUCAUAAUGACACAAUUCAUAAAAUGAAAACAUUGGACCUAUCAAGGAAUAACCUAACCUCAAUGACCGGCAUUAGUGAACUGAAUGCGUUAGAAGUGCUCGACUUGUCGUUCAAUAAAAUCGGAUCACUAGAAAUAUCCAGCUUCUCUAAACUGACGGCAUUGAUCGAUCUAAAUCUAGAAAGCACAAAAAUCUCAAACCUACAACAUGGUACCUUCUCACAUCAAACAGCUCUUCAACGGUUGGAUAUUUCUUACAACAAUCUUAACCGAAUAGAUUUGGACAUUUUCACCUCAUCAUCAGAAAUGGAAGAGCUUUUCAUUGACGGAAACCGACUGAAGGAAAUCGACUUUCAGGAAAUACCCAAAAUGUUCAAAAAGUUGAAAUCAUUGAGCAUUGCAGACAACCAUUGGAACUGCAGCUUUCUUAUAAAAAUGAUUCGCUAUCUCAAUGUCAUGCCUAUUACCAUUGGAGGUUUCAAAACAAACGAAAUCAUCUCGGAUAAAACGAAUGUAAAAGGAAUCUACUGUGUGGAUGAUAAGCAUCCAUUGGUAAAUUGGAACACAACCGUUAAACAUCUGGACAAGUACAUGAACGACUCCGUAACGAUCGUGGAUGCAGCUGAACUGAAGGAAGUUCUCAAACAAGCCAUUGACGAUAUUGGGAAUUUCAACGAGGACAAAAUGGUCCUGCUCAACAAAACUAAUUCACUGGAGUCGGAAAUAAACGAUCUUAAGCUGAAAAUUUCCCAGAUGGAAAACGAAAUGGUGAACGUAAAGCAUUCGAUUCUAGAAGUUAAAUUAGCUCAGCUGGUCAAUGUAACCAAUCAGACAAACCACGUAUCCGGAGAUCUAAGAAUCAUGAUGCAGGAGAUGAACAACCUUACGCUGGAGAAACUGAACCUGGUCAAAGAAUCCCUGGACGUUAAAAUCCUUAGCCAGACGCUUAAAUCGGACACCUGGAUCGAGAAGGUUAAAGACAAUGCCAACAACAUAGUAUCGGUGAGCAAACGCCUGGAACAGAUGCAACAAGGCAGCACAAAUUGGUACAACCAUGGACCGGCAGCAGUUCAGCAGCAGCAGCUCAAAUCUUUACCGGAUACGAACACUUCAUCCGGUCAUGCCUAUGAGAUUCUGAUAAUCGUUCUGUUGGCAGUUUUGAUGAUUCUGAUGAGUGUCGGAUUAUUCCUCGUCUAUCGGAGCAAGAGGAUCGGUCAACAUCAGGUAACCCGUUAUGGCAAUUCCAGUACUCUGGUCAGCAUGAUGGAUAACGAAAUAUGAUAUGGCGGAGAUCGAUAAUGGAUUCAAAGCAAUCUAAGAAAUAAUGAUUACAACUACAAUUUGUUCUUUAUGUUAAAAGUGCAUGAAAAUUCAAAUAUAUUAAUCGUCAAAUUGUU